AUGCGACGAUAUCCAGAAAGACAGCAGAAUCUGAUGGACCAUGUAAUGAUAACACUUGAAAAUUAUGCAAGUUCACUGGAAACAGAAGUGGAAAAACGAUUGCUUGAAUUAAAAGAGGAAAAAAAGAAAUGCGAUAUACUUCUGUAUCGAAUGUUACCUAAACAGGUGGCUGAACGUCUGAAAUUGGGCGAGAACGUUGAGCCGGAGAGCUACGACAGUGUUACGGUAUUCUUUUCGGAUGUUGUGGGCUUCACUACCAUUGCCAGUAAGGGUUCACCAAUGCAAGUCGUUACCCUUCUUAAUGAUUUGUACACAUUGUUCGAUAGUGCCAUUGAAGAACAUGAUGUCUACAAGGUUGAAACGAUUGGCGAUGGUUAUCUAUGCGUAUCCGGUCUACCGAUUCGAAACGGUCUGCAGCACAUCAAAGAAAUUUGUGAUUUAUCCCUGGAACUUGUUGCUGGAUUAAGAAAUUUCUGUGUUCCGUAUCUUUCAUCACAGAAAGUGAAUAUCCGCGUCGGAAUACACAGCGGACCUGUGGUUGCUGGUGUCGUCGGUCUUAAAAUGCCACGAUAUGGCCUAUUCGGUGAUACAGUGAACACUGCAAGUCGAAUGGAAAGCAAUGGAAAACGUAAGGAAAUCAAGUACAGCUACCCCAUAAAAAUCAAAAAAUCUCCCGAUCCCAUGACCGAUCUGACGAUCGAUUCUCGUAAUCCCAAGUCGUGUCACCGUGGAAAAGGAACUAUGCAAACCUAUUGGUUGCUAGGACAUGAAAAUGGCAUCGAUAUUCGUGUUCCAUCUACUCAGCAGGUAAUGACAACAAUCUGA